AUGGAAAUGGAAAAUUAUGAAACAAAUAUUACAAACACUUCAACUGUAAAAAGAUAUUUGGCUUCUGCAUAUAAUUUGAAUCAAGAAGAUAGUAAUUGGAUUGUGACGAAUUCCUUUAUAAUUUUCACUAUGCAAACGGGUUUUGGUAUGUUAGAAUCUGGGUGUGUCUCUUUAAAAAAUGAAGUCAACAUUAUGAUGAAGAAUGUGGUCGACAUAGUACUCGGCGGUUUAACUUAUUGGGUAUUUGGUUUCGCAACGAGUUUCGGAACAAAUAAGUUUAAUAAUCCUUUUAUUGGCAUUGGAGAAUUUUUAAUAGAUCCGUCAAUAGAAGACGUAUUGAUGGGUCCAAAGUGUGCUGCAUUUUUAUUCCAAUUAAGCUUUGCAACCACUUCAACAACCAUUGUUAGUGGUGCCAUGGCUGAACGAUGCAAUUUCAAAGCAUACUGUUUAUUUUCCUUUUUAAAUACAAUUGUAUACUGCAUACCAGCAGGAUGGAUAUGGGGUGAUCAAGGUUUCUUGAAAAAAAUGGGUGCUGUUGAUAUUGCUGGUUCUGGGGUAGUGCAUCUUGUUGGUGGUACCUCUGCACUUGCUUGUGCCCUUAUGUUGGGACCAAGGGUAGGCAGAUAUGACAAUGGAAUUGAUCCAUUGCCUCUUGGAUGUCCAGUCAAUGCUAUCAUGGGCUUAUUUGUACUUUGGUGGGGCUGGUUAGCAUUUAACAGUGGUAGCACAUAUGGUGUCAGUGGACAACGAUGGCAAUAUGCAGCUAAAGCAGCAGUUUGCACUAUGCUAGCAAGUAUGGGGGGUGGUUUAGUUGGGCUAGGCUUCAGCUUAAAUGGCCCAGAUAAGAUUGACAUUCUAAGUCAAAUAAAUGGUAUUCUUGGUUCACUGGUUGCAAUUACAGGUGGUUGUUUCCUUUUCAGAACCUGGGAGGCCAUAAUUGUUGGAAUGGUUGGUGCUCUUAUCACAUGUUUUACCAUGCCCCUCUUUGACAAAAUGCAUAUUGAUGAUCCUGUUGGAGCCAGUGCUACACAUGGUGCGAGUGGAAUGUGGGGUAUUAUUGCUAUAGGUUUAUUUGCAGAUAAUCCGUAUCCUCUUGAUACUACCAGUGGAAGGAAAGGAUUAUUCAAAGGAGGAGGAGGAUAUUUGUUAGGUGUGCAAUGUUUAGUAAUUUUAUGCCUAACACUUUGGAGCUUCACAGUAUCUAUUAUUUUGCUAUGGUCUAUAAAUAAAAUUAUACCAAUAAGAAUGAGUGUUCAUGAUGAGCUUCUAGGUGCAGAUUUAGUAGAACAUAGAAUACGACACCCACAGGUAGGAAUAAGUAGAGCCAUGUCUGCUCUUCGACCAGCUUCACAAAAGCACGAAUUAAAUAGCGUGCAUCCUGUAGGAAUUAAUCCUGGUCACGAUUCGUACAUUCAAAAAUAUAAUCGUAAAAAUCGCCUGAAGUAUGGAAAACAACUUCUACUUGGGAGAAAGUUAUCGAAGAGUCCUAAACUAAGUACGAUUACCAAUACUACAUUGACCAAUAAAAAUAAGCCGAACUUUGCUUGGAUAGAUUAGUGUUUCCUAAUGCUUACCAACAUUGUAUAACGAUAGCAGAUUUAUUAGAAACAUAUAAAUGUAUUCACGUACACGUUAUAACGCUUUUACACAGUACUGUUACAUCAUACAAUGUACAGGCAAUCUAUGAUAAAUAAUUAAAAUCUUACAUAACUAUAUGAAUGAGAAUUAUAGAUGCUAUCAUAUAGGGAACAAUCCUGUUGAAAGAUCACAGACACUGUAACUACAUAGAAUAACCUGAUUAAUAGCAUGGCACCUAAAUAGAAGUCUCUUUUAUUAUAAGUUUCAGAUAAAAUAUUGUUAUGAAAAA